CCUUGCCUAACACACACAUCAAAAUACAUACACGUUUCGGCCCUACGCUGAGCACGUGCGGUUGGGUGGGGCCUCGCGACCUCUGGGUGACUGAGUAUGCGGUGUCUCAUCCGAGUGGGCCCUCGCGUCGCCGGGCCCACAUCGCGUCAGCAAUUAGUGUUCAAGAGCUCGCGAGUCACAGCGGUUUGCUGCCUGAACACAAAGCAGAGCGACAUGGCGUCGGACCGCACAAAGCGCUCACGUCGCGUGGCGGUGAUCGGCGCCGGUGCGGCGGGGCUAGUGGCCGCGCGCGAGCUGCGCAGGGAGGGCCACGUGGUCACUGUCCUGGAGCAGUCGGGUGGUGUGGGCGGCGUGUGGCGCUUCGAUGCGCGCACCGAAGCCGACGCGCUGGGGCUGGACGAGCAGCGGCCUCCCGAGUCACGCGUGCACAGCUCCAUGUACAAACAGCUGCGAACCAACCUGCCCCGUGAGAUCAUGAGCUACUCAGAUUUCCCGUUUGACGCGGCGGUGUUGGGGCCGCGCUACUCAAACGACAGCCGGCGCUUUUGUGGGCACCAGGAGGUCCUCGGCUACCUGGAGGCCUUCGCCGACUACUACCAGUUGAAGCCACUGGUGCGCCAUCACACGCGUGUGGUGGCGGUGGAGCCGACGGCGCCCGGUGCUGGUGCGGAGGGAGCCGCUGCGACUGGCGCUGGUGGCAUGGGAGGAGAUGCUGGCGCAGUUGAGAAGGAGGUGCUGUGGAGCGUGACAUCAGAGCGCCUAGCCAGCAACGGCCAGGCCUCGACCAGUGCUGACGCCGGCGGUGCCAGUAACGGCCACAGCAACGGGCUUGCUGAGGUACAGCAUGAGGUGUACGAUGCGGUGGUUGUGUGCAACGGCCACUAUGCCGAGCCGCGCCUGCCCGACCCCAGCCAGGUCCGCGGGCUGCUGCCGCCGGGGCUCUUCCCCGGGCAGCAGCUGCACUCCCACAACUACCGGGAGCCGACGCAGUGGGCUGGCAAGGCGGUGCUGGUCGUGGGCGCGUCCAACAGCGGCGAGGACGUGAGCCGAGAGCUGAGCGAGGGCGGCGCGGCGCGGGUGCUGCUGGCGGCCCGCUCCUGGAAGAACGAGGCAUGGGGGGCGGACGCCGCACCGUACGGCCCCCGCAACAACAUCUACCGCUACCCCAUGGUCACUGAGCUGCACUCCGACGGCUUCGCCAGCUUCGAGGGCGGGCAGCGCGAGGGGCCCAUCGACGCUGUGAUCUGGUGCACUGGCUACAAGUACUCGUUCCCGUUUCUGCGUGGCGCGGCGGCCGAGGUGGCGGCGGUGUCUGACAACUGCGUGGGAUCGCCCCUCUGGCUGCACAUGGUGCCCCCGGGGCCGCUUGCACCCGGGCUGUGCUUCAUCGGCCUGCCCUGGAAGGUUGUGCCGUUCCCACAAAUGGAGCUGCAGAGCAAGCUGAUUGCCAGGCUGUUGUCGGGCCGCGUGCCGCUGCCCAGUGUGGAGCGCAUGCGGGCGGACAUCAGCGCACACUUGCACUCCAUGCAGGAGCAGGGGCUGCCAACACGGUACACGCACAUGCAGGGAACGGAUCAGUUCGCCUACAACGACACACUCGCGGCCAUGUGCGGGCCGGACGUGGCACCGCUGCCGGCCUGGCGUGAGGUGCUAUACCAGGCCACGUCGGCGCUCAAGCGCUCCAGACCCGAGGACUACCGGGACGGUGACAUUGGUGAGGCCGGUGGUCCCGAGGCGGCCCGGGCGGUGGAGGCGGCGGAGGCAGACAUCCGGGGGCAGGCGGCGCGGCUGGGUCUGGGUGUGGCUCUGGGGGCUGGGAAGGGGCAGGCGGGGAGUGCGGCAUGCAGUGUGAGCGACUGGGUUGAGCGGCAGGCGAGCGCGAUGGCGACGGCGGACGCGCCGGUAGCGGCCGCGGCUGCGGCGGCGGCGGCUGCUCGGUGACAAGAGGCGUUGGAAGAGGCAUGCGGGUUUGGUAGUUGGUAGUGUGAAAAGUAGCGGAGUGACGCUGAGUGAAGCGGAGUGAAGCGCAGUGAAGCGGAGUGGAACGGAGUGAAGCGGCUGUCGGCUGCGCGGAAGUACCGGUAUGAGAGUCCAGCUGCUCCCGGCGGGCUUCGGAGGAUUAGCCAGGGUUGCCCCAUGACGGGGCGGCGGGACGGUGCACGGAUAGGCAAAGCCAGGGCGCAUCGGUCUUGACGCUCUUGUACGCUGCGUGUACCAAAGUCCCGGGGAUGUUAAGACUGGCGGUGUACGGCCGGUUGGCUGGAGUCUAUGACUAAGCAGUGUCCAGACUCCUGUAGACUCAGCGUCUCAGCCCUGUAGUGCCCUGUCUGCCACCUUAGUACCUUGCACCCAUAAACAUGGAUUCGAG